GUAAGCAUUCGUAUCUUUCACGUCAACACAUAGUGAAUGUUACAUUAAAUUAAAUCUUGCAUGCUUUUUGCCAGUUUCCUUUAAGAUUAGGAAACACAGUGUCCCAGCGUAAGAUUCAACUAUCUUUUUUUUUUUACACAGUAGUGUUAAUCAGUACUCUCAGCCGAUACAUGUAUUAUAUCUGAACUAAUAUUUUUAUUUGUGUUGUGAAGAGUGAUUGAACUUAAGAGAAAAAGGUGCCCCCAGUUAAUUAGUAUUGUCUUUCCUGUGGAUACGUACGUAUGUAAGUGUUAUAUUCGUAGAGGCGAAAUUGUAAAAGCUUCGAGUCACGCGAGUGUAUUACAGCUAGCUAAAGGAGACGGCUAGAAUGGCGGACGACAGCCACGAGAACGGCACAAGCAACGGCGAUGUACCCGAGAUAGAGCUGAUUAUUAAGGCUUCCACGAUAGAUGGCCGUAGAAAAGGCGCUUGUCUGUUUUGCCAAGAGUACUUCAUGGACCUUUACUUGCUUGCCGAACUGAAGACAAUCUCAUUGAAAGUUACGACAGUUGAUAUGCAAAAGCCACCGCCAGACUUUCGCACUAAUUUUCAGGCAACACCACCACCUAUUCUAAUCGAUAACGGUGAUGCUAUCCUCGAGAACGAGAAGAUCGAGCGACAUAUCAUGAAGAACAUACCUGGUGGUCACAAUCUUUUUAUUCAGGACAAAGAUGUCGCUACUCUUGUCGAAAAUGUCUUUAGCAAAUUGAAGCUCCUGUUGCUCAACGCGAAGGACAAAGACAAAGAUCCAAAGUCAUCAUCACUGAUGGCUCACCUACGCAAGAUCGACGAUCACUUGGGCCGCAAGGGUACACGUUUCCUUACUGGUGAUACUAUGUGCUGUUUUGAUUGUGAGCUUAUGCCUCGGCUGCAGCACAUCCGCGUUGCUGGCAAGUACUUUGCUGACUUCGAGAUACCAGAGAGCAUGGUGCACUUGUGGCGGUACAUGCAUCACAUGUACAGACUUGACGCUUUCCUCCAAAGCUGCCCGGCUGACCAAGAUAUAAUUAAUCAUUAUAAGCUUCAACAGAGCAUGAAGAUGAAGAAACACGAGGAAUUAGAGACUCCGACAUUUACCACGAGCAUCCCCAUCGAAGUCAACGAUGAAUAAAAAACACACCUUCGAACAUUAGGUCUACUCGCUUAAAACACACACAUGCAGACACAUGUAUAUGAAGGCUUAUUUUUUAUGCUUGAGUCCGAUGUUAACUAUAGAAAAAAUGUCUACCUAUACUUAAGAGCUUUUUUCGUAUACUUCGAAAUAGUAUAUUACGCAUCUAGAUUAGUAAAGUGAGAAAGUCUUGAAUUAUCCGCAUGGAUUAAUGGACAAUUUCAGGCGUCUUUACAUUGAACUGCGGUGCAUAGGGCUAAGUGAGGGUAUUAUUGCGGUUGCUCUAGUUAUUGUGGAACUCUUCAAUAAUGCCUAUAUUUUAAUUGAAUUGAUGAGUUAUGAUAGACAGCCACUUUAAAUUAUUAAACUAAAUUAUAGUGUAUCUAAUUAAUAAGAUUUGUAUCGCAAAACAGCGUUCAAAACUUUACAUUUGCAUAACAAAGUAUCACGUCUGCAAUAACUAGUGCACACAAACUUUUCCACUAUGAUGGUGUUGUUGUGGAUAAUCCGUUGAUUUUGUAUUGAAAUUGACCGCAAUAAUACGUGCAGAAUAAUGAAUAUACAGUACUGGCAAGUGAAGUUUUCAAACAUAUUUUUCAAUCAAUUUUCAUGAGCUUAUACAUUUAUACAGGUGGAAUAAAGUCGUUUUUGAGUCCAGUAUAGAUAAAAAUAAAAAAUAAAAAAAUUACAACGAUUUUACGAACUAAAUUUCUUCGAUAAAAGUUUAAAGCAAACCACUCAAAAAACUGCAAUAAUAUCCUCAUUUACCCCUAUAUCUUGUUACGUAUUAGUGCCGCCAGUAAACGGCUGCUUCAGUCUGCGCAGUAGACAGAAAGUAACUGCUUUCUGGCCACACGCACAAAACUUUUUUAUAGAAUCGAUAGUAUUUACAAAUCCAGUUGCGCACGUAAUCCGUCGAUAAUUAUGAUGGGUAUAACAAUAAAAAAAAAUUUUUAACUCUUA